AAGAGAUCAUGAUUUCUGUCAAAGAGCAGGAAGACAUCGGAAAGCUCAUGGUUUUCUUGCAGGAAUGGGAUAAUGCCCGCAAAGUUGCUCGAAGCUGCAUUCUGGACAACUUCAUUAAAAGCUGUGAUGGCAAGACACAACCAGAGCUGGAGCUGGAGUUUUCCCAGGGAGCCAGCUUGUUUCUGGCUCGCCUAACAGCAUGGCUCAGGAUGACCUGCACGUACAGCAUGUGCCUCAACAAGCUGCUCAAGUCCAUUGGCAUCUUCUUAUCUGCUGCAAAUGGACACAGAUACCUUAUUGAAUUUCUGGAGAUCGGAGGGGUCAUGAUUCUGCUGGAAAUACUAGGGCUGAACCACCUGAAAGAAGAGGACAAAAGGGAGUCUGUAAAGCUGCUGCAGCUCGUCGCGGACGCUGGCAGGAAGUAUAAGGAGCUCAUUUGUGAAAGCUACGGGGUGCAAUCUCUUGCCGAGUUCUUGGCCACUUCCAACUCAGCAGAGGCUCAAGAAGACGCGCAGGUUCUGCUGGACUCUUUGGGCCGUGACAAUCCCAAGUACCAGAACCAAGUCUACAAAGGCCUGGUUGCUGUGCUGCCAUGCGCCUCUCCCCGAGCACAGCAGCUGGCUCUGCACACGCUCAGGGUCAUGCAGGACGUGGUGGGAAAGGCCCCCUCCUUUCUCGUGGAGCCCGUGCUGAGCGUGCUGUCCUCAGUGCACCCGCAGGUCCAGGAGGAAG